GAUUACAUGCACUUUAUGCCAACGAUCACAUAUUUGCCAACCAUAAAUAGAGAAUGGAAAAUCUCACUCAAACAUCACAAUUGAUUCAAAGAAAAACCAAUCAAACAAGAUGGCCUUUUAUCACAAUCUAGCAACAAUCUUGUUUGGCAUCCUUCUUCUACCCCUCAUCUUCUUGACCAAUGUGCAUGGAGAUGUGAUAGACGACGUCUGCGCGAAAGCGCAACAACACUCUCUGUGCCAGAAAGUCCUGAGAGGGGACCCGCGUUCGAAGAACGCGGACCUCAAAACCCUAGGGUCCAUCGCGAUCGACAUCGCCACAAAACAAGCCAAGUCGGGACAGGGCCUUGUCCUGUCCCUGCUGAAGAAGGCCACUGACCCCAAACAGAAGACCGUGCUCUCCACGUGCGCGGAGAACUACGGGGACUCCAUCGACAGUCUCGGGGAGUGCCCGGGUCUGCUGGGGUCAGGGGACUACGGAGGGGUGAACAUCAAAGCGUCUGCCGCUUUCGAUGAUUUCGGCACUUGCGAUGUCGGAUUUUCUGAUCUCUCCAUACCCGAGCCUCCCGAACUCAAGGAUUCCAGUUCUAUGUCGCAGGCUUUCUUCUACCUCGCAAUCUCCCUCUUAACAAGCGUAAACUCCGAUUUAGUCGACGACGUUUGCGCAAAGACGCAACGUCCCACGAUAUGCCUGCAGGCUCUGCGAUCUGAUCCUCGUACCACGGGAGCGGAUCUCGAAACCCUGGGACUCAUCUCCAUAGACAUUUCCACAAACGAGACGAAAACCGCGAAAGCGCUCGUUAGCGCGCUUCUCGCGGGAGCCAGAGACGACCCGAGGCUCGAAAACCGGUACAAGUCGUGCUUGGAGAACUACCAAGACUCCAUUGAGAGCUUGGAGAUUUGCCCAGACAUGUUGAGGAUGAGAGACUAUGCAAGCUUGAAUAUUAGAGCUUCCGCGGCCAUGGACGGGCCCGAUACUUGCGACGACAAUUUCGAAGAGCCUCCGGCGGAACCGGCGGAGCUCAGAGAUGAGAGUGUGAAGGUGCAAACACUUUGUAGCAUUGUUUGUGUUAUCAGCAAUGUGUUGUUAAAAGAGAGCCAUAAUAAUAACAUGACUCUCAUGGAGACUUAUAGUGCUAUAUAAUAAGAUUAAUGACUUUCUCAAUAUAGGACCAUAUAUUUUUAUUUUCCAAUGUAGGACUAUUGGUCAUUAUUUAUUAGUCAUUAUUCAACUAAAUGUCCAGCAUCGCUUGAACAUUAUUCUUCUCCCUAAACAUUAUUAAGUCUUAUUUAGGGAAUAAAAAAGUUUAAGUCCU